CGAUUCAACCAACCAAACCGAAUGAACCUUCCCUCUUUCACGACCACAUUCAUUGUCCCCACUUUUAUCAUCUCCCCCCUCACAUUCGCCAUUGAAAACCUUCCCCUAACCCUCAUACACUCACAAUUCCUCAUUUCACCAACCGCUUUUUCACAAAUGAAGCCCGUAAACAACGAAGAAGAAGAAACCGUUAAUUCCGUUUCGUAUCACGUGCUUCACAAGCUUCCUUCUGGUGAUAGUCCCUACGUCAGAGCCAAACAUCUUCAGCUUGUAGAAAAGGAUCCAGAUGGAGCUAUAGUCAUGUUUUGGAAAGCUAUAAAUGCGGGAGAUAGAGUUGAUAGUGCCUUAAAAGACAUGGCAGUGGUUAUGAAACAACAAGAUCGAGCCGAAGAAGCUAUCGAACUUAUUAGAUCGUUUAGGGAUCGCUGCUCCAAACAAGCUCAAGAAUCAUUAGACAAUGUUCUAAUCGACUUAUACAAGAAAUGUGGGAAAAUAGAGGAGCAGAUCGAGCUUUUGAAGCAAAAGCUUCGGAUGAUAUAUCAAGGAGAAACGUUCAACGGAAAACCAACCAAAACCGCGCGAUCACAUGGAAGAAAAUUCCAAGUUACAAUCAAGCAAGAGACUUCAAGGAUACUGGGUAAUUUAGGGUGGGCAUAUUUGCAGCUAAAGAAUUUCGCAGCAGCAGAAGCGGUGUAUCGUAAAGCUCAAGAGAUAGACCCUGACGCUAACAAAGCAUGCAAUAUGUGCCUUUGUUUAGUCAAACAAGGUAGAUACGAAGAGGCCAACGCGAUUCUUAAAGACGUGUUGGAAGGUAGGAUUUUGGGGUCUAAUGACCCUAAGUUACUGAACCGGACAAAGGAGCUGGUUCAGGAGUUAGAGCCAUGGCGGUCGGCUCAGGUGCAGCCUGGUCCUAACCAUGGGCUAGUAACUUUGGAGGAUGCUUUCAUUGAGGGGCUUGACCAGUUGAUAAACCAAUGGACUCCAUUGAGGUCAAGAAGACUCCCUGUGUUUGAAGAGAUUUCGACAUAUAGAGAUCAACUAGCUUGUUGAUCGAUUUUGAAGGUACGCGUGUGAGCCUAAAACUCAAUAGUCGUUGAGACGAUGGGUGUGUAUUUAUCAGUAAUCUACCUUUGUAAUUGUAAGAAGUGUGUGUAUAUCGAUUGUAAACCGAACUAGGGACUUGGGCAUUAUUGUAUAAAUUCAUAAAAUGUAUUCAAGCGUCCGAUAAACCCG